UCGGCAACCGAUUUUCAGAAUAGUUGCUGAAAAGUUACACAACGCCGAUCGGGCCGCUCUUACGUUCAACGCACAAUAUAUACAUAUAUACGCGAGUUUCUGUGGACCACGAGGAUCCAAGAGUUUCAGGAAGCAGAAAGGACCGCGAGAUGACGAGCGCGGACGAUUGAAAGACAAUUUUUGCCGAAUGCAUUGGAAUAUACAGAUAAAAUUGAAAGCAAAAGAUGUGGAAAACUUCAAUGAUACCGAGCAUUUUAGCAACGCUAAUCAUAACAAGGCUGACAAAAGCUAAUUAUUACGAGUAUAACCAAAAUCAGUACAAACAGAGUAUUACUCCAUUCAAAUGUACAGAAGAAGGUUAUCAUGCCGAUCCGCAUGACUGCAGGGUUUACUAUAGAUGUGUGGAUUGGGGCAAUGGCAGCCCACUGACGGUCUUUAAAUUCGAAUGUGGAGUAGGCACCGUAUUUUCAAAAAAUAAAGGAGAUAUUUGCACGCAUCCAGGAGAUAGCGGUCGGCUUGAAUGCGCCGGAUCUGAGAAUGAACUUGAUUCGAAUCUGCAUAAUCCUCCAGAAAGUCCUUCUCCCAUAUGGACAACAACAGUGAGAAUAACCACACGACCGCAACAAACCGCGACACAAUCCCCAGUGACUACGCGACAACCUGCAAUUACGACCCAAGCUGCUACGACAAUCAGAAAACCGGAAACGACGCAAUCACCACUAACAAGUCGACCAACCACAGACCAACUAGAAAAUAAUUGUAAAAACGAACUUCAAUGUACACAAGAAGAAUUUUUAGCUGAUACUUGCGACUGCAGAAAAUUUUAUAGAUGCGUUGAUGACGGUUACGGAAAAUUUAAAAAGUAUAAUUUUACAUGCGGUUCAGGAACCGUUUGGGAUCCAGAGAUUCAAGGGUGCAAUCAUGCUUGGGCUGUUACGAAAGGAAACUGCAAGCAAAGCUUGGAAAGUAAUGUAAAUUCUCCCAGUUCUCCCGGUUAUCCAGGUUACCCAGGUUCUUCAGGUUCUGCCGGUUCUCCCGGUUCCCCUGGUUCCCCUGGUUCUCCUGGUUUGCCUGGUUCUUCCGGUUCUCCCGGUUAUCCAGGUUAUCCAGGUUCUCCUGGUUCUCCCGGUUCUCCUGGUUCUCCUGGUUCUCCCGGUUCUCCUGGUUAUCCGGGUUAUCCGGGUUCUCCCGGUACUCCCGAUACUCCCGGUUCUGCCGGUUCUCCCGGUUCUUCUGGUUCUCCCGGUUCUCCCGGUUCUCCUGGUUAUCCAGGUUCUCCUGGUUAUCCAGGUUCUCCUGGUUAUCCAGGUUCUCCUGGUUAUCCAGGUUCUCCUGGUUCUCCAGGUUCUCCUGGUUCUCCCGGUUCUCCUGGUUUUCCCGGUUCUCCCGGUUCUCCUGGUUAUCCGGGUUAUCCGGGUUAUCCGGGUUCUCCCGGUUCUCCCGAUACUCCCGGUUCUGCCGGUUCUCCCGGUUCUUCCGGUUCUCCUGGUUCUCCCGGUUCUCCCGGUUCUCCUGGUUCUCCUGGUUCUCCUGGUUAUCCAGGUUAUCCGGGUUCUCCCGGUACUUCCGGUUCUUCUGGUUCUCCCGGUUCUCCUGGUUCUCCCGCUUCUCCUGGUUCUCCCGGUUCUCCUGGUUAUCCGGGUUAUCCGGGUUAUCCGGGUUAUCCGGGUUCUCCCGGUUCUCCCGGUUCUUCCGGUUCUUCCGGUUAUCCAGAUUCUUCCGGUUAUCCAGGUUCUCCCGAUACUCCCGGUUCUCCUGGUUCUCCUGGUUCUGCCGGUUCUCCAGGUUAUCCGGGUUCUGUCGGUUCUCCAGGUUCUCCCGGUUCUCCCGGUUCUCCUGGUUCUCCAGGGUCUCCUGGUUCCCCUGGUUCUUCCGGUUCUCCCGGUUCUCCAGUUUCUCCUGGUUCUCCUGAUUCUCCCGGUUAUCCAGGUUCUCCCGGUACUCCCGAUUCUCCUGGUUCUCCCGGUUCUCCUGGCUAUCCGGGUUAUCCGGGUUCUCCCGGUUCUCCAGGUUCUUCCGGUUCUCCCGGUUAUCCACAUUCUCCCGGUUAUCCAGGUUCUCCCGGUACUCCCGGUUCUCCUGGUUCUCCUGGUUCUCCUGGUUAUCCAGAUUAUCCGGGUUCUGCCGGUUCUCCAGGUUCUCCCGGUUCUCCCGGUUCUCCAGGUUCUCCUGGUUCUCCCGGUUCUCCCGGUUAUCCAGGUUCUCCCGGUACUGCCGGUUCUCCUGGUUCUCCGGGUUCUCCCGGUUCUCCCGGUUCUCCCGGUUCUCCCGAUUCUCCUGGAAUCCCAGGAUCUUCGAGUUUUCCAAACAAUUCAAGCUCCUCGAACUAUCCAGAGGCACCAUGCUCUCCUGGAACUUCUGAAGCUUUAGACUCACCUGGUCAUGAAUCAUCGACAGAUCGUUGUACAAGAGAAGGCUUUUUCGUUUAUCCGAAUGAUUGUCGUAAGUUUUAUCGAUGCGUCAAUGAUGGCACGUCUUUUACUAAAUAUGAAUUUGAAUGCGGUGUUGGAACUGUCUGGGAUUCGUCUAUUCAAAGCUGUAAUCACAUUUACGCCGUACCACAUUGCAACUAUACAAGCGAUAUAAUUACAAAUAGACCUGAUACAUCUCUAAACGAAGUGGAUAGCACCGAUAAACCAGACACGAGUAAAUCACCGCCCGUGCAGUCUCCAGAAAGUUCUACUAUUCCAUCAAUAUCUUCGAAACCAGAGAUAUCAUCUUCGACUCAGGAGGCUGAAAGUAUUACGAGUAAACCUGAUGUGCCGCCCCAAACUACAUCAGUUUCUUAUUUACCACCCAUUAGUAGUACAUAUCCAUCUUCAACAAUGCAAGUUAACGAAUCCGUUUCUUAUCUGCCUCCUGUAACUCAAACGACUACUUCUAUAUCUUAUUUACCACCUUCAAGUACUGCAACUACAAACGCAAUGUCUGGAUCCACGGCUGAAUCUAUUUCAUAUUUGCCACCCGAUACUAGUGCAUCUACAGAUACCACACCUAUAACGAGUACUUUACCAAGCUCUACAUCGUCCACUACUUCUUCUACUCAACCUGGAAAAUACGAAUGUACUGAAGAAGGUUUCUUUUCGAAUUCUAGUAAUUGCAAAAAAUUCUAUCGCUGUGUAAAAUACCAAUCUGGAUAUCAAAAGUACGAAUUUGAAUGUGCUGCAGGCACAGCAUGGGAUCAAUCCAUACAAACAUGUAAUUAUAUUGAACAAGUAGCUUCGUGUUUAAUGGAAAAUAACGAGAUCGAUCAAAGUGCGAUAUCCAGUGCUUCUCCCACGUCUGGAUCUCUUGUCACGAGUAGUUCUACAACUAUUGCUUCUAGUCAAAUCACCGCGAUUACUUCAUCAUCCGCAAUUCCUACUACAAUUACGAGUACUCCCGAAACAUCUACGGAAACGUCUACGCUCGAAGAAGAUAAAACGGAAGCUUCGUCAACAACAAUCGUCAGUGCCGCUUCCGAAAAGCCAGAAGAAAUUCAAACGCCUGCAAGUUCUAGCACGGAAAAUUUACCCGAGUCCUCGUCCGAACAGCCUAGUUCCGAAUCAAGCCAAGAAUCAUCUUCGUCUACCGAGUCACAUGUAUCAGAUUGCACGACUCAAAAGUUAAAUAACACGAUAGUAUGCAACAACGAAGGUUUCUACCCGCAUCCAAUUCGAUGUGAUAAGUUUUAUCGUUGCGUUGAUAAUGGCAAUGGUUUCAACGUAUAUCAUUUUGAUUGUCCACCAGGUACUAUAUUUGAUCCUAGCAUUAGCGUAUGCAAUUAUCCUGAAUCUGUUUAUCCUGCAAGAGAUUGUACGACUGGAAAUAUCCCUUCGAGCACAGUGGAAUCCACAACCGAGUCUGAAACAUCAGAACAAUCCGUAUCAACGAUAAUCACAACUACUAGUACUACAACUCAACAAACAGAAGAAAGCACAAUUAUAUCUAGUACAACAACAUCGGAAACUACUACACAAACUCAACAAACAGAAGAAAGCACUAUCACUUCUAGCAUAGAAUCUACGACUACGGAAAUAUCAGAAAGCACCGAAAAUAUGACAGAGUCCACUACUGAAUCAAUUACUACCGUUGCAGAAAGUGUUACCGAUUCCAGCACUGAACGAACUGAAGCUCCUGCUUCCACAGAAUCAACAGAAUCUGAAAAGCCUACGACCGAAUCUCAAGAGUCUACAACGGAAUCUCAGGAACAAUCGACUGAAUCGCAGGAGCAGUCAACGACAGAGUCUCAAGAACAAUCCACAACAGAGUCUCAAGAACAAUCCACGACAGAGUCUCAAGAACAAUCUACAACAGAGUCUCAAGAACAAUCUACAACAGAGUCUCAAGAACAAUCUACAACAGAGUCUCAGGAACAAUCGACGACUGAAUUAUCAGAGCCGACAACCAGCUCGGCGGAACCAGCAGCUGCCACACCUUGCGCUAUAGGCAAUUUGACUGAUGAACAAAUACUUUUAGUUUGUCCUACCGGCUUCCGAAGGCAUCCAAAUCAUUGCAAUUUAUUCUAUCAAUGUACUUCCGAGGGAAGUAUGGAGAUCAAGAUCCUCGUAUUGAGUUGUCCUGAAAAUACUAUAUUCGACGAGAAAAAGAUUCAGUGUCUACCUGCAGAUCAAAGCAGUGACCCGUGCACAGGUACCAAAGCAAACAUCAGACUAAACAGAAGAGUGGAAAAUGAUGCUUUAUCUCCCGUAAAAGUAUCGUCAAAUCGGCUUUGUCCAGAAGAAGGACAUUUCCCUUACCGACAAGGUUGCAGUAACAAUUUUUACAAGUGUAAACGCGACAUCCGGAACAAUUUACAAGGAUACUUGUACAAAUGUCCCGAGAAUUUUGUUUAUUGGUCGGUUUCCAGAAGAUGCGAACGUGCAACGCGUCUUCCAAUGUGUUCGCAUUUGACGUACAGAAACAAAAUCGAUUGGAACGACCGAUGGCAAAUACCAAUCGAAGACUUUAAUCUUUCCGCCAGAAUGUUACGUUUUUCAUAAAUUGCUCAAUCAUCCGUUUUCUAGACUUGUAUUACUUGUAUUACUUGCUGAGAAAGAUUUCGCCAUAAAUGUUUAUAGACAAUAUAUAAAUCCUCAGGUUAAUUUAGUGAUUUUUAAUGAAGAUCUUAAAUAAUUGAGUAUUGUAAGAAUUAGUAAAAUUAUACUAGUGC